AGCAAGGAUUGCAUGCACAAAAAACGCCAAAAAGUCAUCGCCGCAUGGGGGCAUGGAACGGGAUCAAUUCGUCAGAAGGAGUCGAAGUCUCGGCUUUGGUUUUAGAGGUCCUGAAGGCUGGUUGAGGACCAUCGAGCGUAGAAGUUGGAGGCACGGAUUGUUGCUGUCCGUGAACCGUACGCAGUGUAUAGUUUUUUAUUUGGAGGAUAUCUUUCUUGUCGUGUGUGGCUUUUGUCACAGUGUUCAAACCCGGGUUGACACGAAGAUGGCUACACUCAGCACCACGCUGAGUGCCAUGUACAAGGAGACAUCCUUCCAAGGAACCACGAGGUCUUCGUCUUCAUAGGCAUCCAUGAGCCUGGUCGAUUGCUUGAACAUUUUGAUAAGGGCGA